AGACUGCAUAUUAAUACAAACAUCUGUAAAUAUGCCAGUUAGCGAAGAGGCUAUUUCUGAUGUCAACAAGAAGACUCACACAUUCAAAACAGACAAAGCAAAUAAAAUAAGGGAGAACUCUGUUAAAAUGGACAAAAUAAAACAUCCAUGUCAGAGACACAGAACAUAAAAAGCAUGUCAACUUUCUUUCUUAAUUCAAAAAUGUCAACACCUAAAUUAAUUUAGUUAGUUUUCUUAUGGACCGGUCCGUGAAGAUAAUGUGUGUUAACAAUUUAAUUUGAAUUCUCCAUAUAAUGAAUAAGAUACCAGUAUCGUAUCAUAUGAUCAUACUCUAUAAAAACAAACUUCGAACUGAAUUUACUAUAACCACAAAACAAUGUAAAUGUGGCACAUUUUUAAAGAAAUAUUUAUGUGAGUUUAUCAGGCUGUAGAAAAGCUUUAAUAUGUGUUUUCUUUUAUUGCAUCGUUAGAGACAGAUUUACAACUACAACAUUGGCUGGAUUAUUUUUUUCCCACCACUAAUCAAUAGAUCUCAUGUAUUCAAUUCAAUUCAGUUUAUUUGUAUAGCCCAAUUUCACAAAUUACAAAUUUGUCUCGGAGUGCUUUACAAUCUGUACACAUAGACAUCCCUGCCCCAAAACCUCACAUCGGACCAGGAAAAACUCCCAAAUAACCCUUCAGGGGGAAAAAAAGGGAAGAAACCUGCAGGAGAGCAACAGAGGAGGAUCCCUCUCCAGGAUGGACAGGUGCAAUAGAUGUCAUGUGUACAGAAGGACAGAUUUAGAGUUAAAAUACAUUCAAUGAAUAUGACAGAGUGUAUGAAUAGUUCAUAGUUCAUGUAUCAUCUGUUCUCUGGGACUGAACCAGCACAUCUGGAUGUUUAGGGGCCAACGUUCAGGAUCUCGGUUGCAGUCUGGUUUCAGUCUCUUUGUGAACAUUGUAACUUCAGUUCAUAUUGAAUGAGACACGUUCCACUCUCCUUCGGCUGUAUCUGCUUGAAUUUCACAAUAAAAGCCUGGAGAAGAUUUGCAAUGAGACGUCAGUGGAGCUUUCGUAGUGUAAAGCGUGAUUUUAACUGUUGCCCAACAGGAGCAUGCUGCAUGCAGCAUGCUGCAUGCUUGAAGCCAGAUGGUUGGCCCUGUAAAUGAGCACAAGACGCCCGGAAAGCUCCGAGGUCUAGAGCUGGUCUGUCUUGUGGUUUCUAGGCGGCUUGUUUGAGUCAGAUCAAAGAGCGGUUGAUGCAGAGAAGUGGUGUGGGAGUGAAGUUCUGACAUCUUCUACACACACUGUGAUGUUUAAAGCCAAAAACACACACACAGCACUGUAAUUUAUUUAACGUUGGAGUUUUAGGUAUUAAUUGUGAAAUCUCGAGGUCGUCCCUGUCGAGACAUCAAAGUGUGGCACAGGGUGUGUGUGUGCGUGCGUGUGCGUGUGCUGUUGAUCAUCAUAUAAAACCUCCAGGUGAUGUUUUCAUGAGUCGACAGCUACUGUUGUUGUUGUUGUUGAUGCUGACACAUUGCAUUACCAUGGUAACUAAUGUCUCAAAGCUGUUCCCUCCCUGGCAAAGCGUGUCACCUGUGACGAUGCUGAGAGGACGCAGCCCUUCCUCACGUCCUCCUCUGGCUUUGUGUCUCCCGCUACAGCCGGCAGUACGAUGUGCUGAGCAGCCAGCAGCACAGACGAGUUCACGACACCAGACAGCCGACGGGGGGAGGGGUGGGGGUGGGGGGGAACAUCUGCAUCACAGCAUCUGCAUUCACGCUGGUGUCUUUGCUGAUGUUGUGUGGCCACAAGCGAGCUGUAGGUCGCUGGUUGUGGUUCUGGCCGGCUCAGCCCUCUGGCGGUGGCGGUGUUCGUGCGUGAGCUGGUGGCCCAGCCUCAGUGUGCCAUGUGUGGAGCGGCCUGGUCCCCGUGUCUGCUGCUCUGGGUCGUAGUGGUGGGAGUUACCAGGACGCGAGGUCAGGUCACGGCUCCCGCCAGUCUGAGGGCAGAGGUCGGCCGGCCCCUGCUGCUCGGCUGCAACGUCACCACGGAAACCGGCGAAACCGUCCGGCAAGUUCGCUGGCUCAACGGGCGCGGGGAGGUCCUCCUGGCGUACCAGCCGAGCGCGCCGCUGCGCGUCAGCCAUCAGCAUCCCGACGUGCAGCUCACCGCCUCCCACCGCGACGCCAGCUCCAUCACCAUCAAGAGGGUGCGGCCCGAUGACGAGGGCUGCUACCGAUGCAUCUUUGAUGUUUACCCCCGCGGCCCGCUGGAGGGCUUCACGUGCAUCAGCCUCACUGGUCAAGUGCGCCUGGAGGGCAACAAGACGGCCGUGAGCGGGAAGCCGGCCACCCUCUCCUGCCGGUACGACCUCCCCGAGAGGGUGCAGCAGGUGCUGUGGAGGAAGACGGCGGAGCAGGGCGACACCGCCACCGUGGCCUCCUUCACCAAGCACGGCCACCAGAAGACGGAGGAGCCGUACAGAGGUCGGGUCAGCUUGAGCCAAUCCCUGGGCGACACCCAGCUGACCAUCAAGGCGGUGCGGACGGAGGACGAGGGGUGCUACACCUGCGAGUUCCACACGUACCCGGACGGCACCAGAAGAGACACCGCCUGCCUGGUGGUUUACGUUUUACCCAAACCCGAGGUGAGUCGCGUGACCUCGUCCUCGGGGGUCACCGAGGCAAACUGCACCGCCCAGUCUCGACCUGCGGCGGAGAUCACGUGGAACGUCGGCGGGGACAACCGGACACUCGGACCGGCCAUCGCCUCCGCCUUCGACCAGGGCGACGGCACGACGGUGGUGACGAGCACGCUGUUCUUCCAAUCGGCGCUGCUCAGCGACCUGUCCUUAAAGUGCAUCGUGCACCACCCGGGUCUGGAGAAACCGCUGACGGUGUCCCUCAACUUAAACGUGGGUCCAGCCAUGGUCAUCCUGCUCUCAGUGUGCGGUGUGCUGGCGGUCCUCCUCCUCGGUCUGUGUGUGUGUCUCUGCAAGUGCUUCAUCUGUACCGACGACUGAUCACGUCACUGCUGCUUUGAUGAAGGUCCAGUGGCACUCUGAGCCUGACCCCGCUGCUCAGCACCGUGACCUCCAGCUUAGCGGGACAGGGGACAUAGACAGGGAACAGGGAUCAGGGAUCAGGGCUUCCACAGAACCGAGCCACAAUGUUAACUGAACUAAAACCACAUUGUUUCAUGUUACAUGUCACACUUACAGUAUAAAGGAUUGUGUGUGUGUGUGUGUGUGUGUGUGUGUGUGUGUGUGUGUGUGUGUGUGUGUGUGUGUGUGUGUGUGUGUGUGUGUGUGUGUGUGUGUGUUGUGGCAUUGUUGUACAGUAUUUCAUGACAGUGUUAGAAUCUAACUUUUUAUUUGGGGAAAUAUUGUCGCAUAGUUACGUUAUCAGCAGAAAGUAUUUUCUAAUCACAAUGAAACACCCUUGUUGGAUAUUAUUUCAGUAAUUAUCUGUAUAUAAGGAGGAUUAUAAGGAUUUAAUGAAAAUAAAUGUCUACAUUGAAGUUAAAAUAAUCUUUGUCUACCUGCUGUUUAAUUUUCAGUAUUCACCUUUUUUAGUAUCUGUAAGAUUUAAUAACUAGUUCCUUGUACUGGUGCUGAGAUAAAUCUGAAGUUGAAAGGGGAUCAUAAAUAUAACCUGAGACUAUCUGC